AUCUCUUGGCCAGGCAGAUGGCUUCCAAGUGGCCGGGCGUGGGGACCUCAGUGCGCCGGACACCGCUCCAGGACCAGGAACAGCUGGAGGAGAAGGACGGGCCACGGCCUGUGGCCGGCCAUCCGGAGACCUCCGGCAGGACCCUGGGCUCCCUGUGCAGACACUUCCAGAGGAGGCUGCCUCUGAGAGCCGUCAGCCUCAACCUCGGGCCAGGGCCCUCCUGGAAACGCCUGGAAAGCCCCAGGCCAGGGCAGCAGGGUCUCCAGGCUGCGGCUCGCUCUGCUAAGAGCGCCCUGGGUGCCGUGUCCCAGAGAAUCCAGGAGUCCUGCCACAGUGGUACCAAGUGGCUGGUGGAGACCCAGGUGACAGCCAGGAGGAGGAGGAGGGGGACACAGAAGGGCCCCCGGCUGUCUGGAGCUGCUCCUGCCUACGCGGCCCUGGACCCAUGGGAGAGGGACAGUCCCCGGCUCUCUACCCGUGGGGGCCCAUGCACCUACCCCCUGCGGCGGUCCAGGAGGGAGGCUGCCCUCCGCAGCCCCUACUCCUCCACAGAGCCCCUCUGCUCCCCCAGCGAGUCUGACAGUGACCUAGAGCCUAUGGGAGCAGGACUUCAGCAUCUCCAGCAGCUGUCCCAAGAGCUAGAUGAGGCCAUUGUGGCAGAAGAGAGAGCUGAUGGGCCCAGCAGAGCCAGGAGUGUGCAAGGCUUCCCACCUGCCUGGAGCCAGAGCCGCUGACCUCACAGACCACAUCAGUAGCCGAGCAUACCGGCCACCUUCCAGCUCCUGGUUCUGGGGGGAUGACCAUGGCGCCCAUACUUCCCUGCUCUGAGCACAGAGGGGGCAUGAAGGGAACUGUGUAUUGUGGGAAGCAAGCCACAUCUGACCACUGUGCCCUCACGCCGGGAUCCAUGUGUCCCCCCGAGCUCCCGAGGAUGGCCUGGGGCCACUGCUAACAAGGACCCAGGUGGAGGCUGCUGGAGGGGCCCCUGCUCCUGCCCUGGCCACAUCUGAUUCUGUCCUUGACCGCCCACCCCAGCCCGAGAGUCACGUGGGGAGAGUCUGGGGUGGUUCACUCACCUCCCCUUUUGGGUUUGGAAACUCACCCCACACUUCAUGGCUGCAUCUACAAUGGGAAGCCCAAGUAGCAGAGGUCCCGGGGGGCCCUGAGCUGUGCGCCCAGGAGGCAGACCUUUGAGGAAUCAGCCCCUGGACUGCCCAGUUCCAGGGACCCUGGCUCCUGUCCCUGUGCCAACCCCUCCCCCGAGCCCCAAGCCCCUGGGCCCACAGAUCCCUAUUUAGCCCAAGCACAGGGUAUCAUGAGUGAGCGGGGAGGGGUAGCACUGGUCAGUGGCCAUUUCUGCUGUCGGCAAAUUAUUUAAGAAAUCUGCUUUGUCAUUUUACUCAAAAAAAAAAACAAACUAUCAGUUGACUUCUCUGGAGAUAAUGAUGCUUUUUCAUAAUAAAGACUCUGCCUCUGUGA